GGCUUCUACUCCAGUGAAAGGAUGGCAGGAGCUUUCGCCUACGAGAGCUCAGAUCUCGACUGGUGUGAAGACAACUACAAACACUCUGAACACGUGGUGGAAUAUUUCAACACUAUUAGCAGCUUCAGUUUCUUCAUUGUAUCUCCUGUCAUGCUCUACCUCCUGCAUCCUUACGCCAAAGAGAGGAACCUGGCAAUCCACCUGAUUUGGAUCAUGAUGAUUUUUGUAGGACUCUUCUCAGCGUACUUCCACAUGACUCUUAGUUUCGUUGGCCAGAUGUUGGAUGAGCUGUCAAUCGUGUGGGUUUUGGCGGCGGCUUAUUCAAUGUGGUUCCCCCGCAAGAUGUUUCCUUCUUUUAUAAAAGACAGGUCCACAUUCUCCCGGCUUGUGCUGUUGGUUACUGUCGUCACCACGGUGUCAUCAUUCGUCAAACCUACGGUCAACGCCUUCGUUUUAAACAGCUUUGGCCUCCACAUGGUUUACACUGUGGUACUCGAGAUGAGAUGCUGCAAUGACCAGAAGGUUCUGCGUCUGGCCAAGUUGUCCGUGGCUCUGUGGGUGCUCGCCAUCACCUGCUGGAUCAGUGACCGCUUUGGCUGCAGCUUCUGGCAGGAGCUGAACUUCUGCUACCUGCACGGUUUCUGGCACAUUCUCAUUGUAAUGUCGGUGGCUUAUGGCAGCACCCUGAUUGCUUACCUGGACGCCAACUAUGAGAUUCCGUACUCGCUGCCUGGACUGCAGUUCUGGCCCUGUGCUGAAUGGCCUGUGGGAUUACCUCACAUCGUCCUGAGAGGCACAACCAAAACACGCAAACAGUGCUAA